AUGGACAAUAACAGUAACAAUAACCGAACAUCAGUUACUGCAAAUACGUCUUCCAAUACAAAUGCAAGUACAACAACAUCAACAACAACAACAACCAAUUCAUCGACACCAACAUCAUCAUCUGGUACAUCAUCAUCAAUUCGACAAAGUCAUAAACGAACAUUCUCAGAAUCUGAUUCAUCAUCACGAACAGAACGACAUUUAUGUUCAUUUUCACAUUUAUGGAUUAUAAAUUAUCUUUCAUCGUAUAUUGAUGAUUCAAAUUCUACAUGUCUUCAAUCGGAAUCAUUUUCACCUGUUAAUACACCUUAUUCCAAUACACGUUGGAGUUUAAAAUUAUAUCCACGUGGUUUAAAUGAAAAACAACAUACAAAUAAUAAUAUAGCUAUAUUUCUUAAAUAUAUUAGUGGAACAAUGCCAACAAUAAAAGCUAAAGCAGAAUUUAGUGUUGUUAGUCGAAAUAAUGAACUUGUUAUGUUACGUUCAACAAAUUUUCAUACAUUCUCAUCAGGAAAUGAUUGGGGUUAUUCAGAAUUUCUUGAUGGAAAUUAUUUAAAUUCUCGUCGUAAUGAUCUUAUAACAGAUGAUCGUCUUCGAGUCUAUGUUCGUGUUGUAUUAGUUGAUGAAAAAGAAACUGCAACAGGUGAUUUACUUCGUCAUCCACAUCCUGCACAUCAUCAUCAUCACCAUCAUCAUGCAUCAUCAAUUUUACCACCACCACCUCCACCUCCACCAUCAUCUCAACAUUCUGCUCAACAACAACAAACAAGUACGACACCAAAAACUCAAGCAUCAACAUCAUCAUCUUCGGCAUCAUCAUCAUCAGCAACAUCAAUGAAUAAUAUAAAUCCAUCAAGUACAUCAACAACAUCAUCAACAAUUAUAUCUGGUUUAUUUACAGAUGAUAAAGAACGUUUUAAAUCAUUAGAACUUCUAUCAAAUCAAAUCAAAACACUUUUAGAUGAUGAACGUUUUGCUGAUGUACAUAUACAUGUUAUACCUAAACAACAUACAAAUCAUUCACAACAACAACAGCAACCAAUUAUUGUUGAUGAUCAUAGGAAAUCCAACCGUAUAAAACAUCAAAGAACAUCUUUAAAACAACAACACCCAUCAUGUUCAUCUUGUCAUUGUACAUCAGAAAAAAAUAAGUCUCAUAGUACAACUAAUGAACCAAUAUCCGAUCAUCAUGAACAGUCAUCAUCAGUGAUUUGUAAAGAUUCUGAAUCGGAUAAUCUCGAUUCUCGUCAUUUAACAAAUCUCCCAACACAAAGUCAUGCAUCUCCUAUAUCUUCAUCGACAACUCCAACAACAACACGUCGAACAACUCGUUCAACAACGUCUUUACUUUCACGUAUUGCUCAAAGUUCAUCGUCAUUAACACCAUCAUCAUCUGACAUUAAUCUCUCAUCAUCAAAUUGUUCUUCAUCAUCUGCUGAAUUUUCCUCAUCAGAAUUAUGUUCAUCGUCUUCCAUAUUAUCUUUAUCAUCCAGUAUAAAACGUUGUUCAUGUAUUUGUCAUCAUCAAGAUAAUAGUGAACAAGAUCUCCAUAUAGAUAUUCAAUCAGCUCAUAUUAAAUAUUCAAAUAUAACACCAUUAGCGACAUUUCAUGCGCAUAAAGCUAUUCUAAUGUCUCGUUCAUCAUCAUUUGCAAGUCAAAUACGUAAUAAUACAACUUACAAUACAACAAAUUCUAAAUUACCAUCAAUUGAUUUAUAUAUCGAUGAUCUUGAUCCUUCAACUGUUCGUAUAAUGCUUGUCUAUAUUUAUACAGGUCGUUUAAUAACAUCAACUGACGAAAUCAAAGCCAAUUUAAAUGCUAUUGAUUUAUUUCGUGCUGCUGUUAAAUAUGAUUUAAAUGAAUUACGUCAAUUAGCAAAAUCAACUAUGUUAGAUGUCUUAAAAGUUGAUAAUGCUAUUGAAAUGCUUGAAGUUAGUGAUCAUGCAAAUGAUACAUCACUUAAACAACAAGUUUUAGCUUUUAUACGUUCAAAUGCAUCAGCUGUAUCAAAAACAAAUAAUUGGAUACAAUUUUCUAAACGUCAUCCAAGUUUAAUUAUUGAUGCAUUUCGUUCACUUGUUACACCACCAUCAACAACAAAUACAAAACAACAUAAUAAUAAUAAUACUACUAAUAAUAAUACUAAUAAUAAUAAUUUUCAUUCAACAUCAUUAACUACAACAAGUAAACAAUAUUCAAAAUAUGAUUAA